UACACGGAUGCUGAUGUUUUCUUGCUGGUUCUGACGAGACGUUCAUUUGUUGGUUGGGCGACAGGAUGCCUGCCUUCAGCGUGUGAUCUGACCUCUGAAUCAAGAAUAGCUGUCAUUUCCAAACAAUGUGGCUGCUUGUCUGUUGAUCUCCCCGUGAAAGACGCGCUCAUAUACAGAAAUACUCCCCUUUGGCUGCUUUUUCACUGCUGCAGGUGGCUGAUAAACAUAUUCACUCUCAGAUGUGUUCCCUCUACAGUGGUGUCAUCCUGUGAAUUUAAUUACUUGCAUAUCUCCCCCACAGCAUUCAAAGCACCAUGUCCUCUCGAUCUAUAACUAUAGUGUCCUCUGGACGGAGCACGGGGCCGGACUACAGCGGGAGGAGGAUGGACGCUCCCCAGCUCUCCUCGCAGCCCAAACUCCCACUGGAGGAGGACAGGGAGUCUGGCAUCGGCUCCACCCUUGACCUCAGCAGAAACUCUGAAAGCUGCAGCCAACAUACCAAUCACAGCUUCAAUAGGCCUUCACUAAACCGGGCAGACAGAGCCCCCAGAGAGAAAGACAGCUCUCCUCAGACCUCAGCCGCGAGCCCAAACAAGAUCAAGCCGCUUCUUGUCAGUCUGUCCAAGAUACCUCUCCUCUUCAUCCUCCUCUUCCUCUUUGUUUGCUCCUUGGACACCCUGAGCUCUGCCUUCCAGUUAGCAGGGGGCAAAGUGGCGGGGGAUAUUUUCCAGGACAACGCAGUGCUGUCUAACCCCGUGGCAGGCCUGGUGGUGGGCAUCUUGGUUACUGUACUGGUUCAGAGCUCAUCCACCUCCACCUCCAUUGUAGUCAGUCUGGUGGCCUCCGGACUGUUGGAGGUAAGGUCGGCCGUUCCGGUCAUCAUGGGGACCAAUAUUGGGACUUCAGUCACAAACACCAUAGUGGCCAUGAUGCAAGCAGCAGAGAGAACCGAGUUUCAACGCGCCUUUGCUGGAGCGACAAUCCACGACUGCUUCAACUGGCUGUCAGUUCUGGUCCUCUUACCUCUGGAGGUGGUGAGCGGCCUCAUGGCCCGACUGUCCCACCUGCUGGUUUCCAGCUUCAAGCUCCAACCAGGGGAGGAAGCACCUGAGCUACUGAAGGUCAUCACUGAGCCAGUAACCAAGCUCAUCAUUCAGCUAGACAAGUGUGUGAUCACAGGGAUCGCCAUGGGAGAUGAGGACAUGAGGAACAGGAGCCUGGUGAAGGAAUGGUGCCAGACUGACCUCGUUAUGUUUCCUGGUAAUGUGAGCGCUGACAACUGUGGCCACACUCAUGACUUGCCGUUGUCGUCUCGUGUCAAAUGUACACAUUUGUUUGUGUCUACUGGGCUGUCGGACCUCACAGUGGGCCUUAUUCUCCUGGCAGCAUCCCUGGCUGUCCUCUGCACAUGCCUGCUUCUUCUGGUCAAACUGCUCAACUCCCUUCUGAAAGGCCAAGUAGCAAAGGUCAUCCAUAAAGUUAUCAACACAGACCUGCCAUAUCCAUUUGGGUGGCUGGCAGGAUACAUUGCCAUGUUUGUGGGUGCUGGGGUGACAUUUGUGGUCCAGAGUAGCUCUGUCUUUACCUCUGCCAUAACCCCUCUAAUAGGCAUUGGAGUCAUCAGUCUGGAGCGGGCCUAUCCUCUCACCCUCGGGUCCAACAUUGGUACCACUGCCACAGCUCUACUGGCAGCUCUCGCCAGCCCUGGGAACAAACUAGCAACUGCCAUACAGAUUGCUUUGUGCCAUCUCUUCUUCAAUGUGUUUGGCAUUCUGCUGUGGUAUCCUCUUCCAUUCAUGCGCUUGCCAAUAAGAAUGGCUGGUGUCCUGGGUGAGCGCACUGCCAAGUACCGCUGGUUUGCAGUCCUGUACCUCCUGAUCUGCUUCUUGCUCCUUCCGUCGUUGGUGCUGGGCCUGUCGCUGGCCGGCUGGCGGGUGAUGGCCGGUGUCGGGGCUCCUUUCUUGAGUGUAUCUAUCUUCAUUGCCAUGAUAAAUGUGAUGCAGGCACACAGCCCCCAUCGCCUUCCCACCAAGCUCCAGAACUGGGACUUCCUGCCCAAAUGGAUGCGCUCUCUCAAACCGCUUGACCGCUUGAUCACCAAGACGUCGGUCUGCUGCAGCUUCACAUGCAACCAGGAUCCUGGAGAAGAGGAAGAGCAGAUAACAACAGAGACACCUUCUGUCAACACACAGAAAGAGUUUGCUGAGAGGAAGGUACACCUGGCUUAUAACAACCCAGUUCUGGACUACCUGGAUGAGAGCAGACCAGGUGUACCAGUUCUUAAAUUAAAAGGUUUAGAGAGGUGUAACAGCACUCCACUGUAGUUGGACUGAUAGCAAGAUCUAUUUCAAACUCCACUGUGUCAAUAUUGUCAAAGGAGUAGGAUAUAGAUGAGUAGAUUUGUAAUUCUUUGGAAAUAAACCCAUUUCUGACUA